AAAGGACCAAAAAGAAUUUCCACCAACAUCCAGGAGAUUCCUGUUUCCAAUCGUUUAUCCAGAAGGAUUGUGCUGCUGGGUAAAACUGGUGUUGGGAAGAGUGCAUCUGGAAACACAAUACUGAGAAAGAAAGAGUUUAAAUCUUUAAAUGGCACAAAUUCAGUGACCCGUAAAUCCUCAGAGAAACAUGCGACUGUUUCAGGCAGGAACGUGUCUGUAAUUGACACUCCUGGAUUCUUUGACACACAGAUGGCACCUGAGCAGUUCAUGAUAGAGAUAGCGAGAAGUGUUUAUUUAUCCUGUCCUGGACCACAUGCUUUUCUCAUUGUGUUUCCUGUGAAUAAUAGAUUCACUGACCAGGAGGUAGAGAUUCCUCAGAUCAUUGAGAUGUUGUUUGGAGAAGAAGUGUUAAAAUACUCCAUCAUUCUCUUCACACAUGAAGAUCAGCUACAAAAAAUGUCAGUAGAAAAGCUCAUUAAUGAUAAUGAAAAUCUAAAAAAUAUAGUUGAUCAGUGUGGAGGCAGAUAUCAUGUCUUCAACAAUAGCGAUGAGAAUAACAUAGAGCAGGUGAAUGAUCUACUGCAGAAGAUUGACACAAUGAUAAAGCAGAAUGGAGGAGGAUACUACAGUAAUGAAAUGUUUGAAGAUGCUCUGAGAUUCAGACAAAAAAUGGAGAUUGAUAGAGCAAGGAAGGAGACAGAGGAGAACAUCAGAACAAAGAUACAAAGAGAGAAUAAUGUGAGACAACAACAAGAGGAGAAAAAAAGACAAGAGGAAAUGGAGAGAGAGAGGGAAAAAAGAGAGGAGAAAAGCAGAAAGAUAAAAGCUCAGAGAUCUGAAAUAGAAAGACUUAGAGUGGAGCUGCAGAAAGACAAAGAGGAGAGAAAUCAAGAAGAGAAAAAAAGACAAGACGAGAUUGAACAAAUGAGAAAGGAGACAGAUGAGAAAAGUGCAAAGAUAGAAGCUCAGAGCUCUGAAAUAGAAGGACUUACAGUGGAGAUGCAGAGAAACAAAGAAGAGAGAAAUCAAGGAGAGAAACUAAGACAAGAGGAGCUUGAGAGAAUGAGAAAGGAGAUGGAGGAUAAAACCAGAAAAAUAGAAGCUCUGAAAUCUGAAAUAGAAAAACUUAGUGUGGAGAUGCAGAGAGAGAAUAAUGAGAAACAACAAGAGGAGCACAAAAACACACCAGAUUCCGAAGAGACAAGUGGAUUUAAGAAAUUUUUUUCCAAGUAUUGGAAAUAUUUUUUAAAAGGCAUCGCAGUUGGUGCUAUAAUUGGUGGAGUUGCUGGUGAAUUUGUUGGUGGAGUUGUUGGCAGAGUUGUAGCCUUAAUUGUUGAUAAAAAGCAGGGGCGUCACUAAAGUAUGCUGCAAGUAUCAUGAAAGAUAAUAUCAAUACA